UAGUUUUUUUUUUAACUCACAUUUGUGAUACAAGAGCGUUGUGGAAUCGCCCUUUUAUGUUAUUGCCAACGUCGAAUUCUCACGUAAAACUGCAACAAACAUCUUCGAGAUAGCGUCCGUAGUAAGGAUUAAGGAGUCAAGGUUUGACCUCCUUGAAUCUUUGUUUGCCUUCCAUCGACAUCACCUGUGCUAGUAUUGGUCAGAGAAAAUUGAACAUAACGAUACACUUACAUUUGCGUCACAAAUGUCAGAGUUUUUAUAGCGUUCCUGCACUGUCCAGGUUUAAAUCAUUCACUUUUGUCAGUAACAAACGAUGAUUGUUUGUUUCUACAGGAAAACAUGCUCGCAGGGAACUCUUCUCAGACGGAUCCAAGUCUGCUCCGUCCAAAAUGCCCGCUGCUCCUUCUGACACUGCAGAAAACACUGAGCAAACAAAGGAGAAAGAUGACCCAGUAAAUGCCACAAUACAAACACGAAGCAGACGACGAAAAGCCUCGGCUAUCACAACGAACAGUGACCAACCUGUUACAAGCACCUCGGAACCCGUUAAACCAGAUAUUCUUCUCCAUCAUAAAGAAAUGGAGUCGCACAUCACCUUACUCGAUCAGCACAGCAAGGAACAAAGGGAGAACUUACAACAACAUCAGAAACUUCUGGAAAUAGAAAGAGGAAAGCUGCAAGAGAUGGAAGAGGAGAAAGAACGCCAACUUGGACGGAUGAUGGAUUUGGAGAUUAGUUAUUCUACAGAUAAAGAACGUCUGUGUGAAAGAAUCCGAGUUUUAGAAAACGCUUUGGCGGAUAAAGAUCACUCGUUAACUCAACAAGCUGUUAAUAUGACCUUUUUAACUAGUGAAUUGGAGCAAGAACGAGUUUCUGUACGGCAGCUUCGAAGCGAACUCGAACAAGAACGUGAAGCCAAUUCGCAUUUGCGUAAAGUUCAGAGCGAUCUUGUGCGGGUUCGCCUAGCUCUGGAUGAAGAGAAAACUGUACGUAACAUGAGGGAACAACAGCUUAAAGAGAAAGAAACAAGCUACCAUGGUUUACAAGGAACUUUGGGUGAAGAACAACAAGUGAGAUUGAGAUUAGAAGAAGAGCUACGCCAAGCUAGGAGUGCUUGCAGUGAGUUAGAGAGAAGGCUGGAAAAUGAACGGCUGUCAAGUCAGUCCAGGCGGGAAGAUAUCCAAGCGAAGGACGAUACUAUAGCAGAACAACUGCGUCUCUUGCAGCUGGAACGUGAACAGAAAGCAGACUUACAGGAAAGAUUAAGAAAUAUGCAGAUUCAAAUGGAUCAAGAAAGGAACAGGCGCAUCUCUAUUGAGAGAGAACUUACCGAGGAAAGAUUGACCUUGCAGCAAGAUCGAGAGAACCUUGAACGAGAACGCGAACGUUACGAACAACGCAUCCGCGACAGCGAAAGAAACGCGAUCGAAAGCGAGCACCGCCUUCGAGAAUUACAAUCAGCGGUAUCUAGUGCGCAAGACACCCUGGCCGAGUAUCGGCGACUCGAGCCACGUGAUUGGAUCAUCCGCCGUGACGAGGUCACCCUGUCUGAAAACAGUUUAGGUGUAGGGGCCUGGGGCAAAGUCUACGAAGGUUCAUUCCGCGGGUGUAAAGUUGCGGUGAAGCAGAUUCACGAGCUUAUCCUGUCUCCUCAUAAUCGCAGAUUGUUUGAGCGAGAAAUGAGCAUUGCGUCGCGUUGUCGACACCCGCAUCUACUUCAAUUCAUAGGCGCGACAAACGACGACGGAAGCCCUUUGUUUGUGACGGAGUUGCUGGACACAGACUUGAGGAACAUUUUGACCCAGCGCGCGUUACAUCAAGAGGAGAUCAUUUGCCUCGCUUUGGAUGUCUCUCGCGGGCUCAACUAUCUCCAUCUCAAUAAACCAUUUCCCAUCAUGCACAGAGACAUUAGUAGUUCCAACGUGUUGCUUUGGAGACGAGAUAACAGUUGGAGAGCCAAGUUAUCAGACUACGGAGCGGCAAAUUUCAUGCGUCAGUACAUGACGGAGAAUCCAGGAGCAAGGAUUUAUGCUGCGCCAGAGGCUCUCACUUCUCAACAGUCUCCAAAGGCGGACGUUUACAGUUUCGGUUUAUUGUUGUGCGAGAUGUGCAUCAGAGAGCUUCCAGUCCCCCAGCAGAUCCACCAACAAAUAGGCCUGGUAACUAACGGUGUCCUUCGAGAGCUCAUUAUGCGUUGUGUCGCGAGGGAUCCCGAAGCCCGUCCCGCUAUAAGUGACGUCAUAGCAGUGUUGACGCAGCAAGCUGAGUCUUUACGAGCACAGGGACUGGUGACAAUCAAUGGACGAACGGCUACCUUGUAGAAUCUUAUCUUUCAAUCUUUAUUUGUCUUUAUCUCGAGAUUUGGGACUCUUUUUAAACGUCCAAGCUCUCUUUAUAGACUUUUAUGUCGUUCGAUAAGAUGUUUUAUCGUCGCGCUUAUUUGUGUUUUUAUGCUUUACAAUACAAUAAAUACAAUAGUUAUGUUA